AUGCGGUCGCUCAACAUCACUCCGGCGCUGCUGUCCCAGCUGCUGCGGGACCACAACCUGACCCGCGAGCGCUUCAUCGCGCAGUACGGACUGCGGCCGCUGGUGUCCGCCCCGGAGCUGCCGGCGCGCGCCAAGCUGGCCCUGGCGCUGACCGGCGGGCUGCUCUUCGCGCUGGCGCUCUUCGGCAACGCGCUGGUGGUCUAUGUGGUGGCCCGCAGCAAGGCCAUGCGCACCGCCACCAACAUCUUCAUCUGCUCGCUGGCGGUCAGCGACCUGCUCAUCGCCUUCUUCUGCAUCCCGGUGACGACGCUCCAGAACGUCUCGGACACCUGGCUGGGGGGUGCCUUUGUCUGCAAGAUGGUGCCCUUCGUCCAGUGCACCGCGGUCGUCACCGAGACCCUGACCAUGACCUGCAUCGCCGUGGAGAGGCACCACGGGCUGGUGCACCCUUUCAGGAUGAAGUGGCGAUACACCCUCCGGCGGGCUUUCACCAUGCUAGGUGUGGUGUGGCUGGUGGCAGUCGUCGUGGGAGCCCCCAUGUGGCACGUGCAGCGACUGGAGAUGAAGUACGACUUCCUGUAUGAAAAGCAACAUGUGUGCUGCUUGGAGGAGUGGGCCGGCCCCGAGCACCAGAAAGUCUACACCACCUUCAUCCUCGUCAUCCUCUUCCUCCUGCCCCUGGGGGUGAUGCUCGGCCUGUACAGUAAAAUCGGCUACGAGCUCUGGAUCAGGAAGAGAGUGGAGGACAGUUCGGGGCUCCGAACCAUGCACGGACGGGAGCUGUCCAAGAUGGCCAGGAAGAAGAAGCGGGCGGUCCUCAUGAUGGUGACGGUGGUGACCCUCUUCACCGUGUGCUGGGCGCCCUUCCACGCCGUCCACAUGGCGCUGGAGUACGGCGACUUUGAAAAGCACCACGACGAGGUCACCGUCAAGAUGACCUUGGCCGUGGUGCAGAUUGUUGGGUUCUCCAACUCCAUCUGCAACCCCAUUGUGUACGCGUUCAUGAACGAAAGCUUCAGGAAGAACUUCCAGUCUGCAGUGUGUCGCUGCGUAGCCAGAGGACCCCGCCACCCUGCGCGGAGGAGGACAGCCAGGUGCCGCCCCGAAGAGAACGCCGAGGAGGAGACCAAGGGAGAGGCGUUCGGCGAGGGCAAUGUCGGGGGCGGGCGGCAGCUGCCCGGGCCCGUCUGA